AAAUGCAUUGCUUUCACGUGUUUGCUCAAGUUAUGUUACUUUUAUUUGUGUUCGACGCGAAUGCUUUACAAUUUGAAGUUAAUACUCUGACUUUCAAGGGCGUUUGUGAGCAGAAGGGUGGAGAUUGGUGCAGCUUAAAAUGCCAAAUAGCAGGUGGGCGCGAUGGUUAUUGCAACAAAGCAAAAAUCUGUAAUUGCCGGCAAAUGUAAGCUGAAUGCUCCAUUGAAUUGGAAAUACUUAUAAAUAUAUGCAGAUGCCUUGGGCGUAUGUAUGAAAACUAUCUCUAAAUAAAGACGACAUCUUUUGCUUAUGAGUAUUGUCAUUUCCACUAACGAUUUUUGGGAAAAAAAAUUAAAGUACAUAAUAUUAAUAAAAACGCACGUACCCUUCUCGGCAUAAAGCGGAAGCUUCGAAUUUUUGGGCGCAAAAA